AUCUUUCUUCAUCUCCACAAAUGAAGAGACCAGCAGAACUUGUGUUCAUCCCAGCCGCAGGCAUUGGCCAUGUUGUGUCCACAAUUGAGAUAGCAAAGCUCUUAGUUUCUCGUGAUGACCGUCUCUUCAUCACACUUCUCAUCAUGAAACGACCCUUUGACAAACUCUUCACAAACACAGACUCUUCAAUCUCACCACGCAUCAACUUCGUCAACCUCCCCGACACCGAAACAACAGAUCUCUCUUGCUUCAAAUUCUUCGUCGAAAAUCAGAAGACCCAAGUCAGAGAUGCCGUCGCUAAACUCGUUGAGUCAAAUCAGUCUGGCUCCUCAAAGCCCCGGCUCGCCGGGUUCGUGGUUGACAUGUUCUGCACCACCAUGAUUGACGUGGCCAAUGAGUUUGAGGUACCUUCUUACGUGUUCUUCACCUCCAGUGCUGCAUGUCUCGGGCUCUUGUUCCACCUCCAGACGCUUCGGGACGAGCAUGGCAAGGAUGUGGCUGAGUUUGCGCACUCGGAUUCUGACUUGGUCGUCCCGAGUUUUGUCAAUCCUCUGCCUGCUAGCGUCUUGCCUGGUAAGCUACUGGACAAGGAGAGUGCUGAAUCAUUCCUCAACUAUGCCAGGAGGUUUAGAGAAACCAAGGGUAUUUUGGUAAAUACAUUCUGGGAGCUGGAAUCGCAUGCCCUUCAUUCUAUUUCUUAUGGUAAAAACCCACCAGUGUACCCUGUGGGACCCUUAUUGAACAUCAAGAGUAGUGAUGAUGAUAAGGUUUGGGAUAUCUUGAGUUGGCUUCAUGAUCAACCACCGUUGUCCGUAGUUUUCCUCUGCUUUGGGAGCAUGGGAAGCUUCGGUGAGGCCCAAGUGAAGGAGAUAGCAUAUGCGCUAGAGCACACUGGGCUCCGGUUCUUGUGGUCCCUACGCCAGCCCCCACCAAAAGGGAAGAUGGCUAUGCCAAGCGACUAUGCGGACCCUAGUGGAGUCUUACCCGAAGGGUUUCUUGAUCGAACGGCUAAAAUUGGGAAGGUCAUAGGGUGGGCCCCACAAGUGGACAUUUUGGCCCACUCGUCAAUCGGAGGGUUCGUAUCCCAUUGUGGAUGGAAUUCCACGCUGGAGAGCUUGUGGUACGGUGUUCCGGUGGCCACGUGGCCAAUGUAUGCGGAGCAACAAACAAACGCCUUUCAGCUGGUAAAAGAAUUGGGAUUGGCUGUGGAGAUCAAGUUGGAUUAUAGGAAGGACAGUGAGGUGGUUGUGAGUGCACAAGACAUAGAGAGAGGAAUAAGACAAGUGAUGGAGCAUGAUAGUGUUAUAAGGAAGAGGGUGAAGGAAAUAAGUGAAAAGAGCAAAAAAUCCCUGAUGAAUGGUGGAUCCUCAUGCUCUUCAUUGGGUCGUUUUAUUGAUCAGAUUUAACAUUUGAUUCAUCAAAGCUUAAAAUCAUUUGUAGUGGUACGAUAUAACACGUGAAUUAGGAACACUAAUGGCUAUAUAAUAAAUUUGCAUAUGUAAA